AUGCAAAAGUGCUUUGAACAGUGGAGCCAGGAUGCAACUCCACUUCUGGAGGGAGAAACACUAUUCAAAGAAGAAGUUGUGCCCAUCCACCGUGAUGAAAUCUACGAAAGUCUCUUCAAAGAACAAAGUGAACAAGUGGAGACAUUCACACAAAAGGCCCUUGAAAUCAUUUUUAAUUCCUGGAUGAUCUUGUUCGAAAGGCAGGCUCAAGAUCAGAUUCCUGGGGGAAAGUAUGCUACUCCUUUCCCUGAACUAUUGGCCCAGGCAGCUAAUGUUCCUGCAACCAACAUGGCAUCUGAGAGAGAUUUUGGAGUGUUUGACUUGCUGUUGCAUUUGAAGCCUGCAGCAAGGCUUAUUUCCCAUGAAGCUCUUGUAUUGUGGACAAACAAUAAGACUACAUCUUGGCUCAAUUCUUUGUCCCCUGAAGAUAAACAAAAGUGCAUGGCUGAAGCAAGAGCAAAUACCAGUAAAAUCAUGGCGCGAUACAAGGAAAGAAAAGAGAAAAUUUUUCAGCAACGAAAAGAAAAGCUGUUAGAAAAACAGAGGGCAAAGGAGGAAGCUGAAAGGAAGCAGAGACAGCAAAGGCUUAACUUAGUUAGCAGCAUCACAAAGUUAGGGGGUCCUUGGAAAUCAGAAAAAGAAAUCAAAGAAGGUCUGAUGAACAUUGCUUCAGAAAAGGAAAAGCAAAAAGCCCUUGUUACUCAGCUCCAGUUCCAGAAAGUUGUCCUCCAGGCUGUAGCACCAACCAAGGAACAUUUUCAGCAAGAGAAAUCUGUGUCUCGAAAGCGCAUCAUAUUUUCUGUUGCGCAGCUUACUAAACACUUGACAGAAGUCUUGGAACUUAACCAGUUUCAGCAAGCUGAGCCUGAAAAUAAAGGUGGACUCACCUACCGGAGUUCAGAUGAACGUGUCAAAAGCUUGUCAGAAGAAAAAGCUAAGCUGGUGAAGAAGCUGAGAUGCACGUCAAAACGUUAUGUUAAACAAGAGCAAAGCAAUGCUUCCCCAAUUUCAAGACAACCCAUUACUUCUUGUCGAAAAACGAGUCAUGCACAAUUGCAUUGA